ACGAGACAAUGACCAAAACGAGCAGCUGAAGAAAUACUAUACCGCCGCGAACGAACCAAGAGAAGAAAACUCGUGUUGCCUUCCAAACUACGAUGCGUGUCCCCCACUGACACCUAAAAUGGCCACACCCAUAACCUACCCAACUCCAUUACAUGAACUCGUCCCACUUCCCACUCACCAUUACUCUUCUCUGCUCCUCUCUUUUCUUUCUUGAUUCUACCAACACCCUUCUUUUCACCACUGUGGUGUAAGAAAUGGCGGAAGUAAAUAAGAUUCUGUAUAUUGUGAUUGUCGACGGAGAAACCAACAAUAAAACGGAGAAGAAGGAUGAAAAUACGGGGAAGGAUUCAUUUCGAUACACUCGUUCUGUUUUGCAGAGUACUCUUCAACUUAUGGGGUGCAAAGCCCGCCAUGCUUUCAAGAUUAGCAAACGGGUUUUCGAGAUGGUGAGAAGUCAAAACUCAAGUCACACUGCAGCCGGAGUGGGUUUAUUUGGAUCUGAAUUGUCAUAUGUUGUACCGAAAUUUCAAGAAUCAUUGUCUAUUGGUGGUCGUUUUGGUAAUGCUCGGGUGAGCAAUAGUUUAGUUGUUGAGAAGGAUGGUGGAAACAAAAGUUUAUCGUCAGAGUCGUACAAAAGGCGAACAACAGUUUUCAUUGAGAGAGACAAGUUCUUAGAUAUUGUAUGUGAUGCUCUAUCUGAGUAUAAAUAUGUGGGCCCAAACCAACGAGAAGAUUUGAUUUUAGCUUGCAGAAUCCGUGAAAGGAAAGAAUCCAUUAGCAUCUUGCUGUGUGGUACUAGUGGCUGUGGGAAAUCUACAUUAUCGUCCUUGCUGGGCAGCAGAUUGGGUAUCACUACAGUUAUAUCGACAGAUUCCAUAAGACACAUGAUGAGAAGUUUUGUGGAUGAAAAACAGAACCCAUUAGUGUGGUCGUCUACCUAUCAUGCAGGGGAGUACCUGGAUCCUGUUGCUGUUUCAGAAGCAAAAGCUAAAAAGAAGGCCAUGAAAGCUGGAAAUACUACAUUUCCGAAAGAUGGAUUGCAGGAUAAUGUUCAAAACGAGAAAACUGAUGAUCCAAUAGAGGUGGGUUCAAAUAGUUCUGAGUUAAUCAGUCCAAAACAAAUGGCUAUUGAAGGAUUUAAGGCCCAGAGUGAAAUGGUCAUUGAGAGUCUUGAUCGGCUUCUUACUGCAUGGGAAGAACGGAAAGAAUCUGUUAUCGUUGAAGGGGUACACUUGAGUCUUAAUUUUGUGAUGGGGCUUAUGAAGAAACAUCCUUCAAUAAUACCGUUCAUGAUAUACAUUUCUAAUGAAGAUAAACACUUGGAAAGGUUUGCGGUACGUGCAAAGUACAUGACCCUGGAUCCAACAAAAAAUAAAUAUGUUAAAUACAUUAAAAAUAUUAGAACAAUUCAAGAAUACCUAUGCAAUAGAGCUGACAAACAUCUUGUUCCUAAGAUUAACAACACUAACGUAGACAAAAGUGUCGCAGCAAUCCAUGCCACAGUUUUCAGCUGUUUACGGAGGCAUGAGGCUGGAGAGCAGCUAUACGACCCAACCACUAACACAGUAAGUGCUGUUUACGAGGAAUUUAGAAAUCAGUGUGCUGCCGAUUCUCUGAGUUCAAAAGGGAUGUUUCAACUCAUUCAAAGGCAGGGGUCAUCGAGACAUCUGAUGGCUCUUCUUAACAAUGAUGGGUCUGUUGCCAAGGCUUGGCCAGUUAAUUCUAUUGACAGCAAUGGAAAUCCUGUUCUGGGGCGUGGUGCAGACACUGAGAUAGGAACACCUAUGUAUGGACCCUUGCAAAUCGGCAAGGCAGAACCAGUUAAUCUUCAGUUUGGUCACUUUGGCUUAAGUGCUUGGCCUAAUGAUACUGGGGGAACAAGCCAUGGUAGCAGUGUUGACGAGUCUAGGGCCGAGUGCAAUGGAAUUGAUACUGGCAGUAGAUAUUACUCUUCAUGCUGCAGCUCACCCCGUAUGUCCGAUGGACCUGCUAAAGAGCUCAAGGAAGAUAUCUCAGUUUCUGGCAGCGAUGAAGAGGUUGAUGAUCUUCCGGAAAUGGAUAGUGAUGAGGAGUUGAGCGGUGGUGACAAUUACACUCCUGAAGAGGUUGAAGGGUCCGUUGAUGAAGAAUCCACAAAGUCGGAUGAAGAGUAUGAUGACCUAGCAAUGCAGGAUAACCAAGAAUGUGGCUACUUAUCAGAUGAUGAUAACGAUAACGAAAACUUGGACGGAAGCAACAUAUCAGCUCUUGUGCUUGAUGCCAAAAGUGGGGAUAUGCACUCGUCAACUUUUGACAUGUUUGUGAGGACUAAAAGUGAGCCUUUGUCUGAAAAAUUGGAUUCAUAUAAUCCUGUGUUUGUUAGUAGUGAUAAGAAAAUCCUGCCAAGGAAUAGUAGGAUGAGAAAGCGCUCCCUCAGCAUUCCGACUUUUAGGAAGCAUGGAAGUGAUGCGGCCAUAACUGGGGCAUCGGAGCCAUAACGCAACAAUUUUGUUUUAUUACAGUCUAACCCUGAAGUUUUCGAAUGGUGUCUCUGUUUGAUGACUUAGCAAAUGGUUGUUGAUAGGGCUGCACAUGGUCCGGUCUGGUCUGGUUUGACAGAAAAAUCAGACCAGACCAGAAGUUCCGGUCUGGAAAUUUUUCAGACCAGACCAGACCAGUCAAGAGACCAGACCAGACCGUUCUAGAACGGUCUGGUCUGGUCUACGGUUUUUUUUUUGUAUUUUUCAAUAAGCUGUGUUCCUGGAAAUAUUGCGAUAACUUUCUCAAAAAAAUACAAUCCAGAAAAGCAAAUGUUGUUAUUCAAGAGUGCAAGAGAAAAUUAGAGGAAAAUUGCACUGUAUUAUACAUCAAUUCCUCAAGACUCAAUUUCCAGGCAACAUUUACUUUUUGCUCAUUACCAAAUAAUCUGCAGAAUUCUAACUCAUCUUUCUUAUAAACUAAGAUUCAUACAACCCUAAAAAAGUGUUAGAAACUUUUACUAGAAAAAUAAAUCAUUAACAAGCCACAAUAAUACUCUACUAUCCACAAUACUUUACACACAACCACAAAAA